GAAGCUGAAUUUUUUUUUGAUUUCUCCGAUUAAAACUCCCGACGAACAAUUCGAUCAAAGCUUCGAUUGAGCAUUCAUUCUACCUUCGUUUAAACGACAAAUUGAUCGCCGGAAGAGAGAGAGAGCAAUCUCAGCUCAAUUUCCCUUGAUGUUCGUCAGAAAAUUUCUGCAGAAAGCCUCCGGCGAUGGUGGUCAGAAGCCUCCUCCAUCUCCAGCUCCCCCGCCACGUGGAUGUUUGAUAAAAGAAGUGUUGGAUCCUCGUAUCGUCUCCCACUAUGGGAUACCUUCGACGGCGUCUAUUCUUGCCUUUGACUCUAUUCAAUCCCUCUUGGCUGUGGGAACACUAGAUGGAAGGAUAAAAGUGAUUGGUGGUGAUAACAUUGAGGCGGUUCUUGCAUCUCCUAAGCAGUUACCUUUCAAAAACUUAGAGUUCAUUGAGAACCAAGGCUUUCUGGUCAGCAUCUCAAACGAAAACGAUAUUCAGGUUUGGGACUUGGAUCUUAGGCAGACUAUGUCAAGCUUACACUGGGAGUCAAACAUUACUGCGUUUUCAAUCCUUCCCGGCACCGGUUACAUGUAUGUUGGUGAUGAGUAUGGUACGGUGUCUGUUGUAAAAUACAAUGCUGACGAAGGAAAAUUAGUGCAUCUUCCUUAUUAUGUUCCAACUGAUGCUUUAGCGGAAGCAGCGGGGCUUUCAUCACCUAUUGAGUAUCCUGUUGUCGGACUUCUUUCUCAGCCUUGUUCGAGGGGAACUAGGUUGUUGAUCGCAUUUUCAAAUGGAUUACUUUUUAUUUGGGAUGCAUCAGAAGAUCGCGUCGAGUUAGUUCGAGGAAACAAAGACCUACCUAUGGAGGGUAAGACAGUCGAUGUUUCUCUGGAAGCCUCACACGAUGAGCUUUCUGAUCUUAAGCUAGAUGGAAAAGAGAUAAGUUCUUUGUGUUGGGCAUCAGCUGAUGGUUCAGUUCUUGCUGUUGGUUAUGUCGAUGGAGAUAUAUUAUUUUGGGAUUUCUCUGAUGGGAAGAAUGUGAAGGUAUCUAAUAAUGCUGUUAAGUUACAGUUGUCUUCGGCGGAGAAAAGACUUCCUGUCAUUGUUAUGCAUUGGGGUUUGGAUGUAUCUCGCAAGAAUUGUGGUGGAAAACUCUUUAUCUAUGGUGGUGAUAUCGUUGGUUCUGACGAAGUACUGACGAUGUUGGCUCUGGAUUGGUCUUCUGGUAUGGGAGGUCUGAAAUGUGUUGGCCGUGUUGACCUGACCCUUAGUGGUUCAUUUGCUGAUAUGGUCUUGUCUCCAAUUGCUAGUUCAAGGCAAAGUGGGGUGUUUUUAUUUCUGCUGACGAAUCCAGGACAAUUGCAAGCGUACGAUGAUACCUCUCUGGCUUCUCUGAUGUCUCAGAAAGAGAAUAAUAUUUCUGUUUCUCCCCUGCCAUAUCCAAUGGUUGUACCAACGAUGGAUCCACGUAUCACCGUAGCAAUGUUUGCUGCAUUAAAUGUUAACGAUAAGCCGUCACUGGCUCUUUCCGAGGUAGUCUUAGCUGCAAAAUCUCGAACGCCACGUACUCCAUCUGGAGAAAGGGCGCAAUGGCCUCUAACAGGUGGUGUUCCAGGCCACAUUGAUGACUACAAGCUUGAGAGACUGUACAUUGCAGGAUAUCAAGAUGGGUCUGUGCGAAUAUGGGAUGCAACCUAUCCAUGUCUGUCUCUUAUUUAUGACUUGAAGCCAAAGGCAAAUGGUAUUGAGAUAACUGGAGUAGAUGCAUCAGUAACAGCAGUUACCUUCUGUUCUAAGACUUCUUGUUUGGCUGUUGGUAACGAAUGUGGUAUGGUUCGUCUUCUCAAGUUGGUCGGCCAUAAAAGUGGAGGAACUUUGGAAGUUGUUACCAACACUGACAAACAAGGUUUGGAACUUUUUACAACGUUGACUGUACAGAUUUGCUCUGUUGUAUCUCAUGCGUUAGGUUUAUUUCUUGUAGCUCACCGUUUGGAUCAAGAAGAUGGACCUCAAUGGUUGGCAGCGUAUUCUUUCCUGACUUCCCCAGUUUGCACCCUGCGAUUUGUACAGUCUACAAGAAGGCUUGUUGUGGGAUUUAAAUGUGGCAAGGUUGCAAUGCUUGACAUUAGUGCGCCAUCAGUAAUGUUCGUUACAGAUAGCUUAUCUGACACCGGUUUCCCAAUCAAGUCACUCUGUGUGAAAUCCCCUUCAGCUCCAACUGAUCAGGAUUCCAUAAAUUCCGAAGCUCUUGAUGAUUUUAUCUUGUGUGCGAUGACUAAAGAUGGACAGACCACUCUUAUUGAUGGAAAUACUGGGAAAAUACUCGCCUCAUGCUUGAGACCUCUGAAGAACCCAACUGCGAUUUGUAUGCACAUUAUAGAGGACUGCUAUGAUAAAACUGAAAUGCCCAGUGAAAAACCAGCUGAAAAUCCAUCUGAGAAGGAGAAACAUGAGAACAAAUCUCAUAUGACCAGUGAAAGUGAGAGUCAUUCACCAGGUGGUGAACAGACUGCUGUUACAGAAACAAAACUUGCUGACCAGAGAUUUGCGAAUUCAUUAUUUCUCAUGUGUUCUGAGGAUGCACUACGCUUGUAUUCCCUAAAAUUGUCUCAGGGAAGUUUUGAGAGCAUUAUGGAGGUAAGCGUUUCAAGGCCGUGUUGCUGGAUGGGAAUCCUAAAGAAGGAUGAAAGGGAAUGUGCUGUACUCCUACUUUACCGAACAGGGCAUAUUGAAAUAAGAUCUUUCCCGGAUCUUGAAGUUGUGGGAGAAAGCUCUUUGCCGUCACUUCUUAGGUGGAACUUUAAGCCUAACAUGGAGAAGACAGUAUGUUCAGAUGAUUUAGGCCAUCUCGUCCUGGUAAAUGGUUGUGAAGUUGCAAUCCUCUCGUUUCUGGCCCAUGCAAACGGAUUCAGAAUCCCGGAGUCUUUACCUUUGCUUCAUGACAAAGUCCUUGCAGCCGCUGCCGACGCUACCUUUAGCCAUUUCCCUGUCCAUAAGAAAGACCAGGAUGGCACUCCCAAAUUCCUAAGUGGCAUUAUUAAAGGCUUCAGGUCAAGCAGUGAACAGAAGGUGGACCACCAAAUACAAGAUUUCUCCCACCUGGGAAACAUCUUUUCUAAUCCGCCAUACUUAAAGCCUUCUGAUACCGAUCACGACGAUGAAAAGAUUGUCGAGCUAAACAUAGAUGACAUCGAGAUAGAUGAACCUCUGAGCAUCUUGCCCUUAACCGAGAAAGACAAAAAGGAAAAUAAAGAUAAGAGAACAGAUAAGGAAAGACUGUUUGACGGUGCAUCCAGUGAUGCACAACCCAAAACGAGAACAGUUGAUGAGAUAAAGGCCAAAUACAGAAAAGCAGGGGAAACCUCAGCAAUAGCUUCACAAGCAAAGGACAAACUUCUUGAGCGUGGAGAAAAACUCGAGAGGAUCAGCCAACGCACAGCUGAGCUUCAAGACGGUGCUGAGAACUUUGCAUCGAUGGCACAUGAACUUGCUAAGCAAAUGGAGAAGCGAAAAUGGUGGAACAUAUGAGAAAGCUCUGUUUCUUCCAUGUGCAUGUUUGCGUAAUCAUUUUGACAAUUGCAGGUUCUUGCGUAUAUAAACUAAUCAUCUAAUAUUUUCCACAGGGUGCAGUUUCUCUUUCAUUUUUUAAUCAAUCAAAUUUGUAAUGUAGUGACAAAACAGAGCAACCAGAUUAUAUUAAUCACUUGAUUUGAUA